AUGAUUCCAACAGAAAAAUUAACUGAACUCGAUGUGAAAGAUAUCAAAAGAACGAAAGAACUUUCACAUAUUGUUUAUUCAGAUGAACGUGAAGAAAGUCCACUAAAAAUUCCUAAAGUAACACCAUUAUCAUCAUCUACUUUAGCUAGUUUGCGUGGUACACCAACUGAUGGAAAAUUAAAACCAAAUUAUUAUAGUAAAAAAAGCAAAUAUAAAGAUGAUUCAAAUGUUCAAUUACCAACUGGAUCAACACGUACACCACUGUCACAAGGUCAUUUAAAAACUAGUCGUAUAACAUCAUCAGUACUGAGCGAAGCUGUGCUGAAAUGUGAUAAAUGUAGACAACCUAUUGAAUGUAUUAGUUAUUGUAUAAUAGUAUGUGGAACACUUGUUCAUCAUGAACCAGCUAUUACAGCUCUAUUACUUAUGGAUAUCAUUGAAACAAUUGGAAGAGUUGCUGCAUCUCAUAGAUACGCAUGGCAAGAAAAUUCAACUGUUGUUGCACUGGCUAAUUCAACUAGUACUGCACAACAAUUUAUUCAUUGUGCAUUUCAACAAUAA